UGUGCGUUAACGUUUUUUUUUUUAGUUUGGUCAAUUUAUCUUGGAAUAAGACAAAUCAUUGUACAUUUUAUACUGAUAUGACUAACACUGAGGAAGACAACUUCCAAAAGGAAGACAGUGGAUCAAUUAGUAUAGGUUCGCCGGGGCGUAGAUGCAGCAGUACUGACUCCAUUGCCUGUCGUAUCUGUCAAAGCGCUACAGAGAAAUCCCGUUUAAUCACACCUUGUUUAUGCAAAGGAACGCUUCGCUACGUACAUCGUGAAUGUCUCGAGCACUGGUUGAGCCGGUCCGGACUGACACACUGCGAGCUAUGUCUGCAUAGGUACCAAACGUACACAGCGCUAAGGUAUAACUGUUUGGAAUCACUAUGCAUAUGGUAUCGUCAUCCGAAUAACCGCGGGUUGCUGCUGUCUGACGCACUGAUUUACAUCGUACUCUCGUUCAUCUGCUUCAUCCUGACAAUGAUCUGCCUUCUGGUGCUGCGCUUCCAGACUCACCACGGUAGCACCCUCCAGGAAACGCUCACAUCGACUGCCAUCAUUUGCUUCCUGUUGCUAGUGCUGAUUGUGUAUCUGACCAACAUCAUCGUUCUGGCCAAGGAUCACAUCAUUCCAUGGUACAGAUGGUGGAGGUCUUCCAGAAGAGUUCGACUGUCGAAUAUUUCUUUGGAGGCCCCGACCAGUGUCAGUGCCGAGGCGGUUGUAUAAAUCAAGAUUCCAUAUGGUCAAAUGAAAAUCAGUGAAGAAAAGUGCCAAAAAUCGAUGUACUUCAUCUGCCCAGAAGUUGAUUAAUUGCAAAAAUAAUAUUAACGAUAAUUUGCAAAUGUUUUUGUAAUUUAUAGUGGGCAACGAACUACUUCUAUUUAUUUAUAAUGAUACCAUUGAGAGAUUAAUCUUCUUCACACAUAAUUUUACCAUACAAUCAGAUUUUUUUACGCGGGACCUCGUAAAAAAAACCACAUUAAUUCGAAAAUCCGCGUAAAAACACGGCCCUGUUGCAUAAUCAGCCUCAUAAUAUUAGUUACAACAGGA